AUGUCCGAUACUACCACGGCAAAGCGCCGAGUGUUGGUGAUUGGAUCAGGUGGUGUGGGGACGAUGGUCAGCGUCGCCCUCGAAAGAUCCGGUCAGGCAUCUGUCACGUCUGUUCUUCGUUCCAACUAUGAACAAGUCGUCAAGCAUGGAUUCGAAAUCGAGUCUAUCGACCACGGAAAACUAUCAGCCUGGAGACCAAGCGCAAUCGUCAACGCGGUUCCCUUGGGUGAUCCCAACGCCCCAUUCGACUAUGUGAUCGUCACGAUGAAGAACAUCCCCGAAGUGAACAACACCCCCAAGAUCAUAGCUCCAGCCAUAACUCCAGGUCAUACAACGAUCGUCCUAUUCCAAAACGGUCUGUAUAUCGAACCACCGAUCAUCGCAGCAUUCCCCGAGAACGUGGUGUUGUCAGCGCCGAGUUUCAUCGGCGCACAUGAACACAACGGGCAUGUGGUACACGACGACCACGACAAAUUCCACAUUGGCGCAUUCCGCAACCCAUCCGUGGACGCGGCGUUUGAGCGCGCCAAGCUCGAAGAGUUUGCGACGAUUUAUAACAGCAGCAAAGUCGUCGAUGCGAAUGUUGUCGAUGACAUCGUCUUCUAUCGCUGGCGCAAGGUGCUUUGGAAUGGGAUUUUCAAUCCCAUGUGCGCUCUCACUCAGCUUGACAGUGCUGCAGUCCGGCUAUUCGGCGGCGAGUAUAGUUUGAUAAGACCCGGUAUGGCGGAGAUGGCGGCCAUUGCGAAGGCGGAUGGGUAUGACCUUGGCCCGGGGAUUGUGGAUGAGAUGGUUGAUGCUACUCCUCUCGAGUUGUGUUUCCGGCCUAGUAUGCUAGUGGACGUGGAUAAGGGAAAUCCCAUGGAGGUGGAGGUCAUUCUGGGGAAUGCUUUGCGUGUGGCGAGGGAGAAGGGUGUUCACACGCCGAUCUUGGAUAACACGUAUCGGUUCCUGAAGCUCACCCAGGCCCGGCUGUUGGCUGCCAGGGGAUUGAUUGUCGUACCGAAGGAACUGCCGAAAGUAGACCUGAUAUAG